ACUAACAACACGUACAAUGGUCGUCUGUAUCAUUUUUUCAAUUCAAUAUGUUUGAAUUGUAUAUACGUGCGUUUUUCUGGUGGAUUUUUUCACCUAUCUAUUCCUUGCUCUCGCAAAUUAAUCUUUUCAAGGGACGGCCAAGUAGCCCAAGUUACAAUUUAGAUGUGAAUGAUAAGGUUAAAAGAUGGGUUGUGGUUGGAAUUUGUCUUAACGUAGUCCUAUUACCUGCCUUAAGAGACAUUCUUGACACGGAACUCCAAAAAUGGUAUAAUGUUCUAUGCAGUAGAAUAAAUAUUGACAAGCAAGUUUAUUCCUCGCAUAAAAAAAAUUUACCACCUUCAAAGAUCGAGCUAAAAUAUGAAAAUAUCAACUAUAAUAAUAUGAUCCCAAAGACCAGACGGAAUACGUAUGAUUAUAAAGUUAAAAGUAAUUUGUGUUUGGCAAAGUUAUUUGUCCAACCUUUUAUGGCAAAGUUUACUGGUUUUGACGAAACCAUGGAUUUAUCAGUAGUUUUGACGGUUUUAUGUGAAGCAUCACCAUUUGCGUCUUCUGCGGCAGACGCAAAGAAUGUAAGAUCAGACAUCAGAAACGAGUGGGCUCACAGUAACUUCUCGAAAUGGACACCGCCAAUGUUCAAUGAUGCAUUUCAAGGAAUGAAAAAUUUAGUAAUAAAUACGGCAAAGCUGUCACCAGAUACCAAGAAAGAUUUGUGUGAUCGUCUAGAAAUUUGGAGAGGCUUGGAUUUGUCUUUUGAAAAAUCUGAUGAUGAGACAAACAGGAAGACCUUGGAAAAGUUGUUAGCUAAACUACAGACAUUACUUGAGACUUUGAGAUCCGAAGAUGAUAAACAGAUGAAAACAAUACUUAAGCAUCUUGAACACGUUCAAUCAAGUUUUCAGACAAAAAUAGAAGAGCUGGAAAGCAGACUUGAAAAGUGUGAAAAACUUACAGCCGAAAACUCGGAAAGAAUAGAAAACCUUGAACAAUCGAAAGAUAAACAAGAAGAAGAAAUUCCUUAUGUUUUUAAAGCUCCUCAAAAAAACCGAUAUUUCUGCGGGCGAGAUAAAAAACUUGAAGACCUUGAACGUAUUUUAAAAACUGACGACCCAGAGCAAGAAAACGUAUUCAAAAUAGCAGCAGUUUGUGGUUUGGGAGGCAUUGGUAAGACUAGUCUGGUAACUGAGUAUGCGUAUAAAAUGAAGGAGUUUUACAGUGGCGGUGUUUAUUGGUUCUCUGCGGAAAACGACACCUUCUUUCAAAAGUCUGUCAAUGAAAUUGCCCUGAAAAUUGGUUCUUCUUCAACUGACAACUUCGAUUCAACAUUGACGAAAACCAUCAUCAGAAUUGGGAAAACAAUCAAACCAUGUUUAAUCGUCUUGGAUUGCUUAGAUGAACUCUCUCUUUCUUCCAAUAUUUUGAAAUUUCUUAGCCUGGUUUCCAGAGACUGCCCUACGGCAGCCCUUGUUUUGAUUUCUAGAAGAAAUAAAAGUGUGCUCGUGGAAGAUAUUCAUCUAAAUCUUCGCGAAGAUCAUUGCCUCAGUCUGAAAUGCUUCGAAGAAAAAGAAGGAAAGGAAUUCUUAUCUCGCCGUACUGGGCUGACACUUGAUGAACACACAGAGCCUGAUGCCACAAGUCUUGUCGACAAACUUGGGGGAUUACCGCUGGCAUUAGAGCAAGCCGGAGCUUGCAUUAAAGCAAUCGGAUGCAGCAUAUCUGAUUACCUUGAGAAAUAUAACACUGAACAUUUGAAGCUUUUGGGAAGAAGGAAAGCAAAGCCAUUAUCGGAAAAUGAAUCUCCCGAACGUCUAGCAGUUAACACAACAUGGUUGUUAAACCUUAACCACAUUAAACAACAACCAGGUGGCGUAAAUGCAACCUUACUCAUGAAUGCAUAUGCAUUCCUCAAUCCGGACGAGAUCGAACAAGAGCUAGUCAAUAUCGGUCAACCGCCAAUUGAACACCAAAAAUUUGCUGAUAACAUGAAAAAGAAAUUCGACCGCCGUCAAGCCGUUACAUUGUUGACUGAUUUUUCACUUUUCAUGUAUGUCCAUGCGCAGUCCAUCAGCACCCAUCGAUUAGUUCAAGAACUAGUCAGAGAAAAUCUAACCCCUGAAGACGAAGCAAAGAGUUUUAGUCAUUCUGUACGUUUGCUUUCUUUCGCAUUUUUCAAAUGUAAGAGGGUGAAGUCACCAAGAGCGCUGCUUGGUCGCACUGACAUCGCACAGCAGGAAUUUCCUGAAAGCCAUUCUGAGUACCAUUUAUGGUCGAAACUUUGUCAUCACGGUUUUCAUCUUUUUCAGAAUAUGGAAAUCCUGCUUGAAAAUCUUGAUUUAAAAUAUCUACAAUCGCUUUUUGUUUUUGAAGCUGCGGAAAUUUUUCAUGAAUGUGCUGUUUAUCUCAGUGUAAAUUCAAAACACAUUGAAGCUAAGCGAACUCUGAAUCUUGCUUACCGAAUAAUAGAUUGGAUUCCUUCAGAAGAGUACAAGAUAGUAAAGAAACGUCUUUCAUCAGAAUCUCUCUCUGUGUCUGUCAUUCCCGUGCCGAAACGAUUGCAAAUGGUAAUAAGAAAUUCUUGCGCUCCCCCUCUGAGUGCUCGCCUAGCAAUUGAAGGUGGAAUUGCAGACGAUUCGAAAUCGCAUGAUCUGAAGCAAUGCAUCGAAAAACUUAGGAAAGAAGGAAAUGAAUAUUUCAAAGAGGGUCAUUAUGUAAAGGCAUUAGAGGCAUAUACUGACGCUAUUGAUAGAAGUAGAAACACAAAUUUUUUCGAUCCUUUACUGUUGACUAACCGUGCCUCAGCUUUCAUCAAACUGAACAAGCCUGAUGACGCUUUGAGAAAUUCAAAUGAAUAUAUAUCACUAUGUCCACUUUCUUGGCAGGGUUAUUCUAGAAAGGCUUUGUCACUGGUUCGAAAAGACGACAAAGACGGUGCAGAAAUAGCUGCAGCGCUUGCUCAUUAUUAUAACCUUUUGGAAAAUGAUACUUGCAUUUUUGACAAAUACGAACCGUUUAAACAAACUUUCAAAGGUCUAAAAGAGCGAAUUCGCAUUUGUGAUUCUGUAUCACAGUUCGAGUUAGCAAUCAGGUCAAACAGUUCACAAGACUGUCAUGUAAUUAUAGUUUUGGGGUCAAAAGAGUACUCUUUGAACAGGGAAAACCAAUUAAUCACUCCUCUUAGUGCCAACCAAACCGAGCCUUCCCUGCCUGUUAAAAACUGCACCAUUAUUGGUGCACAACUUCCAAAAGGCAAAGUUACCUUUAAGAUCGAUGGUAGCAAAGUUCCGGUUUUUUGUGAUAAAUGUAUACUUGUGAAUCUCUUAUUUUCUUUGGCUAGAGGUCAGAUAAUUUGUCAUACUGGUUCUAGUGUUAAAAUCCUUGACUGCAAUUUUACCUCAUGUGAUGACAAAUUUGCAGCUGUUGUUUCUCGUGGUGAAACUAUCUUCCAAAGGUGUAAGUUCACCAACUGCCAGGCUGGUGGGCUGAUAUGUGAAGGACCAGAGGGCAGUGAAGAAUCAGAUGGUACUAAAGGCCGGGUGCUAGUUGUUGUUGAUGACUGUACAUUUUCUCAUAAUAUGUGUACUGGCAUUGAAGUGCGAAACCAAGGAAUACUGACAGUGAGAAAUAGUCGCAUGUAUAACAACAAAACGGUUGGCUUGGUGAUAGGACCAAAAACAGAAAAAUGUGAAGCAUUCAACUGCCAAUUUUACAACAAUUCCUCCGACGGAAUAAUAGUCACUGGAGAAGCGAAGGGCGUUACUAACUGCCAGGCUGAUAGUCUGAUCCGUGAAGGCGCAGAAAACUUUGAAGGAACAGACGGUGCUGAAAAAGGACUAGCUAAAUGGGUUGUCGAUAGCUGCACAUUUUCUGAUAAUAUGGGUGCUGGCAUCGUUGUAGAAAACCAUGGCAUACUUAUAGUGAGAAAUAGUCGCAUAUAUAACAACAAACUGGUUGGCUUGGUUAUAGGACCUAAGGCGGCGAAAUGCGAAACAUUCAAUUGCCACAUUUAUAACAAUUUUUCCGAAGGAGUAUUAGUCACUGGAGAAUCCAAAGACGUAACUAUCAUGCGAAAUCAAAUCUCUGAAAAUGAUGCGAAUGGUAUAGUUGUGAAGAAUUCGGAAGUUGAGCUAAUAGAGAACAAGAUUAAUGACAAUGAGGCAUGGGGAAUCUGGUCACAGGACAAUUUUCGGUGUAAUAUCUUGAUGAAUAACGUUUUCCGUAACAAAUUUGGAGGUGUUCGUGAUGCAAAUGGAAUCGAUAGAGAUUCUUCAACGGAGGUUGUAUUGAAUACAUUUUACGAUAAUUUUGGUCCGGGAUUCUUUCAUUCUGAUGGCCCCCAUUCUGCAGAAAACCGAUUUAAAUCUUCUGAAAAUAGAGAAUAUAACAACCAAGAAAGAUUGAUGAAACAAAAUUAUUCCUCUUUUCGAUGUUCUCAAUGCUUUCAAAUAUCGGAGUUGAAACAAUGUGAGGAAUGCUUAACGACGGCAUACUGCGGGGAGAAAUGUGAAGAAGAGGACCGUUUUAAACACAAGAGAUUAUGCAAAGUUCUUCGUACGAAAUCCAGCUUAUUGCUUAUCACCGCCAGUUCUGAAAAGAGAGGCUGGAACUUUGUUUAUUUGUGAGUGCAAAUCGAACUUUACCUCUACCAAGUUGUAUUCGGAAGUUAACGUUUUGCUUGAUGGGAUAGAAAUGUAUGAAACCGAUGAACUCGAAGUUGUCAGGAAUCUCAUAAAAGAGUUUGGCAUCUUGUCCGACAGUAAAGAACUAGAGAAAAAGCUUAGUUUUCACGCCGUAUUCGAAAAGGAUGGUUCACUUCGAAUCUUCAUCAAUGAUAUUGCGAACUUUUAGAGCUUUUGAACCUUUUUUACCUAAUGAAAGAAAACUUUUAAAAAAGGGAAGAAUCUUAUCAAAUUAAGGCUAUAUAUGUACGCCUGUAAAAUUUCUAGAUUCAAAUUUUAUGACAUUUUUUUUAUAAUAAUUAAUGCCGA